GGCUGUGAUCUUACUGUUGCAUGGAAAUCGUCCUUUUUCCUGGAUGAUUCACAUUACGACAACACUGAUCAUCCUUGGAGUGGUGCUCUUGCUGGCCAUCUUUGUCCCAGAUAUACGAAAUGUGUUUGGCGUCGUGGUUUCUCAAAUACUUAAUGUGGAGUUUUGUUGGAUCUGCUGUGAAGUGAAAAGGAAACAGACUCCAAGAACAACGACAGGAAAGAUGGAAUUUUUACACCGUCAAGAUGGAGAUCAAGGUCAAAGUAUCUGCAGCGGCAGACAUGAGGUUUUACGGCCACAUACAGCUCCGAAUCGGCGAGGCGCUGGACUUGAAGCCGACCACUUUCUCCCGGCGCCACUCCAGGAUAUUCUUGAAGAGCGCCCCGACGACCCUGGACCCCUACAUCGUCCUCAAGGUGGACGACGUCAAAGUGGGGCAAACUCACACCAAACAGAAAACCAACUCGCCGACCUACAACGAGGAUUUCUCCUUCUCCGUGCGAGACGGACAACACGUCGAGCUGGCCGUUUUCAACGACACCCCCAUCGGUUACGACGACUUUGUGGCCAACUGCACUAUCCCAUUCGUGGACCUCAUGAAGAAGGCCAACACGGGCGACGUCUUCGAGAAAUGGAUGGACUUGGAACCUGAAGGCAGCAUUUACAUCCUUAUUAAGCUUAAUGGUUCCUUCAUUGACGAUGAGGCCAUCGCACCAGAGAAAAACCACAAGGAGUUUACCAGGAAGCGUCAGGGUGCCGUGAGACGGAAAGUCCACCAGGUCAACGGUCACAAGUUCAUGUCCACGUUCCUUCGUCAGCCCACCUUCUGUUGUCACUGCAAAGAGUUCAUCUGGGGUGUUUUUGGAAAGCAGGGCUACCAGUGCCAAGUUUGUACAUGUGUCGUUCACAAGCGCUGCCACCAACAAGUUGUCACUGUGUGCCCACUCAUGAAGCGAUCAGAGAGUCCAAGCCCCGGCUUCAGCAUUAACGUACCUCACCAGUUCACCAUGCACAACUACAAGUCACCCACUUUCUGUAACCACUGCGGAUCACUGCUGUGGGGAUUUGUCCGGCAGGGCCUGCACUGCAAAAUCUGUAAGCUAAAUGUUCACAUCCGAUGCGAAGGCAACGUUGCGCAGAACUGUGGCGUGAACUCUGUUGAACUGGCCAACAAGCUGGCAGAGAUGGGCAUACUCGCUGCAGAACUCUCCGAAAAAAAACUCCAAAGAUUUGGUUCAAGUACGACAAAGAUGCCCUCUGAAAGGAGGAAGAGUGUGAAAAGUCAGCCAGAGAUGCCUCAAUAUGGGAUCUCAGAUUUCACAUUUCUUCAAGUGCUUGGCAAGGGUAGCUUCGGCAAGGUGAUGCUUGCGAGACUUAACAACAAAGAUCGGGUUUUUGCUGUCAAGGUUCUGAAAAAGGACAUCAUCCUGCAGGACGAUGAUGUAGAGUGUACCAUGACUGAAAAGAGGGUGCUGUCGCUGGCCAGCUGUCACCCGUACCUCACACAGCUGUAUUGCUGCUUCCAGACUCUGGACCGCCUCUUCUUCGUGAUGGAGUUUGUAAAUGGCGGGGAUCUGAUGUUCCACAUUCAGAAGUCCAGAAGAUUCGAUGAGCCCCGGGCAUGUUUCUACACAGCAGAGAUCACCUCAGCCCUCAUGUUCCUGCAUGGCAAAGGCAUCAUCUAUCGGGAUCUAAAGCUUGAUAAUGUUCUGCUUGACAAGGACGGCCACUGUAAACUCGCAGACUUUGGCAUGUGCAAAGAAGGCAUAUCUGAAGGUGUUGGAGCGAGAACUUUCUGUGGCACCCCUGAUUACAUUGCCCCUGAGAUCCUUCAGGAGAUGGUGUAUGGGGCCUCUGUUGACUGGUGGGCACUCGGAGUGCUGCUCUAUGAGAUGCUGCAGGGCCACGCGCCCUUUGAAGCCGAAAAUGAAGAUGACCUGUUUGAGGCUAUCCUCAAAGAAGAGAUUUCUUAUGCCCCUUGGCUCAGUGUCGAGUCAGUGAACAUCCUCAAAGCUUUACUGACCAAAAACCCACUCCGGCGCAUCGGUUGUGUGGCAUCAGAGGGCGGAGAAAUUGCUGUGACCAGCCAUCCCUUUUUCAAAAACAUUGACUGGGAAAUGCUGAAUCGUAGAGCUUUAGAGCCCCCUUUCAAGCCCAAGAUAAAAAUGCCCGAGGACGUCAACAACUUUGACCCGGACUUUACCAGGGAAGAGCCCACCCUCACGCCCAUUGAUGACCCUCACAUCUCCACCAUCAAUCAGGAUGAGUUUGAAGACUUUUCAUAUACUUCACCCGAGAUGCUGGAGAACUAGGAGCCUCCGCGGUGAUCUACGAAUCGGCGUGUGCUUGCAAUCUUUGGAUUUGAACAGUUUUUGGUUGUACAGUAUGAAAGUGUUACAUUCCCCACAGACAUGAGAGUCUAAAAUGGAGUGGGGUUGGCCAGACAUGGACACGCUCUAAAGUAGCAUUUUAUUGAGACUACAUUGUGGCGUGAUGGACUUACUUUUUUUUUUUUUUAACGUGUUCUUUUUCCACUGUUGCUCUCAUUAUGGUUGACUUGGUACUUAAGUGUUGUGCUUCAGCAAAUUGGGCAUCCAGUCCAUUUUUACCAUUCAGCCAGCGAUUCCCAGAAUGACAAAAUGAGUGAGUGUGUGGAAUCUUUUCUUUCCUGUGACACACACAACUUUGGGGUGGGGGAGAGAGGGGGGGAGAAUACCCACCAAACCACUCCUAGUAGGUAAAUAAAAGUAAAAUCCUGCAUUAAACUUUGGAGCUUAAAGUCCAGCAUGUCUUUAAAGUGAGACCGAGACCGUCAGUUACUGAACGGGAUCCAUUUCCCCUACCCCCAUCAAAAUUCUAUCAAAC